AUGUGUAAAAAUGCUGUUUGAUCCUGACUUAUCUGAUCCUCCCCUUCUUAUUUAUUUAUUUCAGGUACUUGUAUAUCGCUGUCAAUUUACGCAGCGCUUUUACAUAUAUAUUUUUGGGAGAGUGCAUGUGAUCAGCACAGAGCCAAUCAGCACUGUCCAGACAGAGGUCAGGGGUCCUGCAUCCUCCUAGAGCAGAAAUAAAACUCCUCCUACAAGCUUUAACAAGUGCUCUGCUGGACACUGAUAGAAGUCAUAAGACUGCUCUAACUGCUGAUGAGAAAAGGGAUUUAGCAGUUUAUAUUUCCUAA